AUGAAUCGAAAUACUAUAUUAAUAUUAUUUUUAUAUAUUGUCUAUUGUUCAUUUAUUCUUACAAAAGUGCCCAUAGAAAAUCCUCCUUUUAUAUUUAAUAACAACAAGGAAAAUGGAAUAAGAACAUUUCUAGAUAAUCAAACACCAGAAGAAGCUCUUUUGAAGCAUUCUUAUUCUUUAGAUAUUACCCUUGAAAAUUUUCCUAAUCCUUUUAUUCAUCCUUCUUUAUGCAAUAGAAAUGGAUUAAAAUAUUCUUAUAUAUGUGAUCCAAAUAAAAUAUUAUCAAAAAAUACAGCUGAUAAAAUAGAAGAAAUAUUAAUUUAUCAAAGACGUAAUUCUAGCCAUUAUUGCAUAGAUAAAGAAGUUCCUUAUAUAUUAGGUGUAGCACUGAUAAAAACUUUACCUUAUGGAAUAACUGCAGAUACAUUUGCCUCUCAAAUAUUAGAAUAUUGGAAAUUAAGUAAUAAAAAUUGUAAUGAUGGAAUUUUACUUUUUUUUGUAAAGGAUGAUGCAACUUUUGUACUGAAAUGGAAAAAAGGAGCACAGUCAGUAAUUAACUUUAGGACAGCUACCUCUAUGCAUAAAUCUUUUAAUCAAUAUAUAAGAAGGUAUUCUUUAGAAUAUUCCAUUUUGAGAGCUGUGAAAUUGAUAUCAGAGUAUCUAACGGAAGAAAUAAUCCCGCCAACACAAACAACUCAAAUGGUUGUUGCUCUUACUAUUGCAAUUGUGGUGGCUCUUGGUUAUCUUUCUUGUAUCUUAAUAGUUUUUACCGAUGCUCAAAAAGUAAAUAAAAGUUUUUAA